AUAGUACGCACACCGAAACACGUCGCAACGUCGGGCUUCGUCACUCGACUCGCCCUGCAGUCUCUCCCACAAAUUUCUCGGCGCUUUCCUGCAGUCGUCCCACGAACGUUGCCGCAAUUGGUCGACCAGAAUCGGUUCGCGAAUAAAAUGUCUGCCGCGCCCCUCGCCCACUCUUGGCUCCUGGGAAAAGCACUGGCAUAUUGAAGUGUAGAAACCAGCUAACACAUUAAAUAAAAUACUUAAAGGUCUAGCACUCGAGAAAAAUCUGUGAAAUAUUGUUGACAAGUGAUCGGUGACAGAACUAGCAUUCAAAUUAGUGAAAAACUGUGACAAUUACGACUGCAAAAUGCUGAAGUUGUUCAAGAAACCCAAAGACAAGAUACCCAAGUCGGAGAUCAUAACCGAACCCAAAGAACCCAAAACGCCGCCGGUCUCGAAAUGCGGCAAGCCACUGCAGUUGGACAACUCGCGAUGGGAGCGCCGCCUGCACAAAGAGCUGAUGUCCCUGAUCAAGGAGCCGCCGCCAGGCGUUACCGUUGACACCGAAAGCGUACAGCAAAAUUUAUCCGAAUGGAAAAUAAACAUUAAAGGUUUCGAGGGCACGCUUUACGAGGGCGAGGACUUCCAGCUGCUGUUCAAAUUUAAUAAUAAAUAUCCCUUCGAUUCGCCAGAGGUGACCUUCAUCGGCAGCAAUAUACCCGUGCAUCCACAUGUCUACAGCAAUGGACACAUCUGCCUAUCCAUUCUGACCGAGGACUGGUCGCCGGCGCUGUCCGUGCAAUCCGUGUGCCUUAGCAUAGCCUCCAUGUUGAGCAGUUGCCGCGAAAAGAAGCGUCCGCCGGACAACACGCUCUACGUAAAGACCUGCAAUAAGAAUCCCAAAAAGACUAAAUGGUGGUACCACGACGAUUCUGUUUAGUUAGAAGUGCAAUUUAUGACUACUGCCUGCUGAUGUUUGCUUUGCGCAUCCAACCACAAAAACACCAAUAGCAAUACAGAAGUAGAACACGGCGGAGUGAGCCCCAGAAAUCCAAUAAUUGUGGACGGCAACCAAACACUGCUCGCGUGUGGAGCAGACUAGAAUCUGCUGACCAGACAACCCAAGUGCACUCGGAUGCGAAUGCAAUGUGCAACAAAGCAAAUCAAGUCAACGAGAAACCUAUCAGUAGAGUUUGGCAAACAAUCAUAGCGCAUGCAACCAAUUCUAAUUAUAGCUAUGUAUAAUCAACAAAAGGCGUGUGCGAAAAACUAUUAUUAAAUGUUAACAUUUUAAUUAGAUUGUUAAGACCAAAAUUUAUGUCUAAAUUAAAUGUUAUGCUACCAUCUAACUACUAGGCGUAUGCAAACCGAUCGAACGUUUGAUAGUUCUGGCACUUAUGGCCAGCCGCUGCUUCCACAUUCCACGAGCAUCGUUCGAGGCAUCCGGCCCAAGGAGCGUGAUCCCACCCACAUAUUAUGCCUCCAUCCCAGCUUAUAUUAAUUGUGUAUAUUUUAUCAUCUUAGAUGCGAUGCGAAACUCAUGAGAUCAUAGUUAAGUUUACGACAUUUCAAAUGUAUUAGCAGCCAUAUCCCAGAAUCGCACUCAUUGUCACCAGUCCAGCACUCUGUAAUCUUCCCCCAUUUCCCAUGCGUAGGUCUUUAAGUUAACCAGUUCGUGUACUUGGCUAGGAUAGUCCAUCUGUGGCCAAAAAUGUCGCAUGUGGCACGAUCACAGAACACAUUUACCUCUUACUGUGCAAGUAGAUCUUAGGAUGCGGCGAGCUACUCGUCCAACUAACAUUCAAUUUAAAUGUAAUCUGUGUACUGUAUAAAGAGCCCAAUUAAAUCCAAUGUAUGUUUAUCCAGCAUAUGUCUAUAAAUGCCUAUAAAUAUUUACUGUUAAAAAGUAUUUAAAAUAAAAUCAAGUCUGUAAUCAAAAA